AUGCUGACGCAAGGUAUUCCAACGUCUGAUUCCUCACCGGUCAGACCCAGAACCCCCGCCUUGUCCGAGUUUGUCUGCGGACCAUGUAGUUUCAGUCGGAUUUAUUCGAGAGGGACGUUCUACUGCCCCGUAUGUAAGGAGCUCUUUUGUCACAAUUGUGCCAAGCUCCAUCGAAUGAAGGAAUGGUCACAAAAUCACGCCAUAGUACUUCUAGACAAAGCUAAUUCAAAGCAGCUAAAGGCUAUCGCAUCGCAAAAAAUUUCAAAAUCCGAACGGGAAUCGUCACAGCGGCCACAGCGGUGGGGGAGGAGGGCACCACUUAACGAAGGGUUUGAAUCCAAGUCCAAAUAUCUGAACGCCUUGGCCAGUAACCACGAUCACGAGACAGAGGACUUGGAGAAUGAAUUGUACUGUCCGGAGCAUGAUGUUGUCUUCUGUCUGCGCUGUAAAGACCCCCACUCUGAGUGUAAAGGGACGGUUCCUAUUGUUUCAUUGGCAAAAAAGAUUGAAAUCGCUCAAGUUAUUUCAAACUACAAGAGAUGUGUUAAAUUCGCGGAUAUCAUGUUAGAGGAUCGACUUGAACAGAAGAAACAGGUCGAAUCACAGAGAAGCGAGAUAAUUCCAAACAUUCAGUCUAUGAAGAACCAUUUUGGUAACAUGAUAAGUAAAAAGGCUACAGUGAUAGAAAAUGAAGUUUCUAUCAAAAUAGAACAAAAUAUUAAGAAAAUUCAUCAACAUAUGGAAAAAUGUAAGCGUGUGAAAUACAUGGCACAGUCUGAUCUAGACAGUCUUCUAUCUACCGUAGAAAGAGCAGUGCCAGGACCCAUUGUUAAAGUGUAUCUCCGACUGAAAGUCAAAUAUUCGGUCUUUGAGAAAUAUCUUAGAGAGUUAUAUAACGACACAGAGUACGUAUCCUACCAGUUUGUGCCAAAUGAAGAGAUAAUGACUCUACCAAACAUCAUCUCAUCUAUUGGAACUCUGAAGGAAACCAAAAGUUCCUCAAAGUUACCUCCCUUUAUGUCGGUAGACAAUGUCAAACCUUUCAAAGAAAGGUCGCUAACUUAUCGUAAAAACGGUGACAUUCGGCUGUUUGGACUCGGUGUUCUUGGAAAGGGAGGAAUCACAUCCAUGCGAUGUACGGCAAACUAUAUAAUGGCAGUGGCUCGGAGCACGUGCGAGUUUCGCGUGUUCACGUUACGUGGCUGGACCUUUGCCCAUUUAACGCUCUCAUCACUGCCAUGGGAUUUUACUAUGAUAUCUGAAAAAGAGGCUAUUGUCAGUCUCCCUGGUGAUAAGAAAUUGGUGACCUUGACCAUUGAUUUCACACUACGUAGAGUAACACAGACAAGGGAAAUUAUUCUGGAUGAGGCAUGUUGGGGAUUGACAGAAUUUAAGGGAAAGUUGAUCGGCACAUUCUUGCCUUUUGAAUUAGACGCUCAUUUAAGGGUCAUGACCUAUGACGGAACCAUGGAGAGAAAAAUUGAAAUCCAGGAUUCUCCAGUGGCGUUUCGAGCACCACAAUAUGUGUUGUAUCAUGAGGAUAAAGUGUACAUUUCGGACAGUUAUUCACAUGCACUGAUUAUCAUUGACCUAGAUGGACACGUAACGUUUGCCUUCAAAGUCGCCGAGUUCGAGAAUCCGGCGGGAAUGACCGUUGAUGAUCAGGGGAACGUUUAUGUUUGUGGGAAGACGUCACAUAACGUUUUCCAGAUCUCGAGGGAGGGGGAAAUCCGGGAAAUUCUAUCCCAGGAGGACUGCCCCUCGCGACCUUGCUGUAUUGGUCUGCUGGGGGACGGAUCCACUUUACUAGUAGGAUAUUCAAACUCCAACGUGUUAAAAUCAUUUCAGUUUAAAUAA